GUCGACAGCGUGGAGCACGGCAAUGGCGCCCAGGUACCAGAGUGGAGCACGGCUAUGCGCCCAGGUCGUCAGUGUGGAGCACGACUAUGGUGCCCAGUUAAGUACCACUGACGCAGGUCGCCCGCGUGGAGCACGGCUAUGGCACCCAGUUAUGUACCGCUGACGCAG